AUGCGCAGGCUGCGCUGGUGGCUGAUCGCGAUCAUCGUGGCCUCGUCCGACCUCGUUUCGGCUGGUCGCGAGCCCCUGCCGCCGUUGGGCUCGGCCCCGAUGAUCAAGAGGGGACCGCCGGCCUGGGGCAACUACGCGACGGUGCACCAGUUCCUGGAGUUCUGCAUCAGGCGAGGCUGGCAGCUCACGUCCGAGCUCGAGGCGGACCGCGCGCUGGCCGACUGCAUGGACAUCCGGUGCUACGGGGAACGCAAGCGGGCUACCCUCAGGUCGGUGGUGCUUUUCGGCCUGCUGGUAAGCUGGCCCGAGUUGCGCAACAGGCUGCCGCUCGCACUGAGGAGCCUCAAGAAAUGGCAGAAGUUGGCAGGUACGAGCGAGGGCGGCCCUUUGCCGGAGGAGGCCAUCUACGCGAUCGUCAUCUACAUGUUCGAGCACGGGCAUUACCUCGAGGGGGUCUGGACGCUCACGCAGUACGAUGUCUACGGCCGGGAGCAGGAGGUCAAGACAGGCACCAACCAGGGCGCCGUGAUUCGACGAGGUGUCGUCGCCAACCUGGCGUUGGGCCUGCGCGACUUCCAGACGGGCAAGGAAGAGAGGCUUUUCGGCACCGACCAGGUUCGGUUCAGAAAGCUAUGGCACCAGGCCUGCCGCGCGCUGGGUAUGCCUUGGGCUCUUCCGCCGCACGGCAUCCGCCACUCGGGCCCCAGCGAGGACGUGGCCCGCGGUCGCGCCACGCUGGAGCAGGUCGGGCGUCGCGGGCGGUGGGAGGCCCUCUCGAGCGUCCAGCGCUACUCCAAGACCCUUGCCCUCGCGCAGUUCCGUGCGAGGAUGCCGCAGGUAGCGCUGGAGGCCGGCAGUCAAGCUGCGCGGGACCUGCAGGCAGAGGUGUUGCGGGCCAUUCGAUGCCGGUCCGCUCCACGUGGCAGCCUGCCCAAGCUUCUCGAAGACGCAGUCAGGGAGAGCCUCGCCAAGGACGUCGCGGCCGAGCUGCUCAAGACUAAGGCCCCGAGGUCUCGACGCUCGAGCCUUGCGAGGAACAACGACUCCGACGACUUGGGCGGCCUCUUCUCGGACGAGACCUUCGGCGAGAACACAGGGUGCGGAGAAUGGAAGUUUGAGCUCCAGUCUCAGAUGGAGCUCUUGUGCGACCGGGACCUCGGGGGGGGGGGGAUCUGA